AUGAGUACAGAAAGGGAAAGAUUAGCAGAACGUAUGGACAACUUAAUAUUUUGUCAGGAGGAUUUAAGUUCUCGCAUUAAGAAGGCAGAUGUAAACUUUAAAAAGAGUCCAAAGGAACGUAUUACUAAGGAAUAUAUAGAAUCACGUUUAGAAAUGUUAGAGCAACUUUGGCAGGAAUUUUUAUCAGGACAUAAAGAAUUAAUUAAAAUUGUACCCUCAAAGGAAUUAACAAAAUCGACGUAUUUUAAAAAUGAAAUAUAUGAUAACACAGAGGAGGUUUAUUUAGAUUACAAAACGAUGCUUAGAAGUAAUUUAUCAGCAUUUGCAGAUCAUACCUUGGGUGCUAAUCAAUCAAGUACCGAUAUGGUUAUUAGGAAUAGUGUCAAAUUACCUAAGGAUGAUCUACCUAACUACGAUCAGUUUCAAGAGUUCCUAACCAAUCGGUAUAGAGCUAUAGAAUUCUUGCCUUCCGACUCAAAAUCCAACUAUAAAGUUUGCCAUCCUGUUAAGGUAAAUUCUAUGCAUGCAACUAAUAUCAGUUGUCCAUUCUGUUCGGAGGAGCACAAACUUAGCAAUUGUAAAAAGUUUUGCAAAGAGUCGGUUAACGCGCGCCGUAACUUUGUAAAAAAUAACCAGGUUUGUUUUUGCUGUCUCGGGAAUAAUCAUUCGGCUAAAAUAUGUCGCUACCAAAUUAAAUGUAACGUUUGUAAAAGAAAACAUCACAGCCUUUUACAUCCAGUAAUACAACCAGAACAAAAUCAGGAUAGUCAAGAAAACACUCAAAAUUUAGACACAAAAAAUUCUUCUUCGUUUGUUUCAUGUAUAUCUAGAAAUAAGAUAAGUCAGCAUGUACUCUUAGCUACAGCUUUAGUUAAAGUAUUAUCUAAAACGGGAAACUUACUUACGAUAAGAGCACUUCUAGAUCAAGGAUCUCAAUCAUCAUUUGUUACUGAAUCCACAGUACAAAUGUUAGGUUUAAAGAAAACUCCCAUUAAAGGCACAAUUUCAGGAGUAGGUGGAGGUAAUAAUUUAAUCUCCAAGGCCAUGGUAAAUCUGGAAAUAAGAUCUCGUAUUGAUCCAAAUGUGGUCAUAAUUGUGAAGGCAUACGUCUUGAAAUCUAUCACCACUCUUUUACCAGCGACUAAUAUAGAAUCUUUAGAGUGGGAUGAGCUCCCUAAAAUGACCUUAGCAGACCCAGAAUAUUAUACGUCAAACCGAGUCGACCUAUUAUUAGGAGCUGAGGUAUAUAGCCAGAUCAUCAAAGAUGGAGUAAAAAAAGGUCCAUAUGGUACACCAGUGGCGCAGUCAACGACAUUAGGAUGGAUUUUGUCAGGUACUGUUAACACUUCACGCAAUUCUUCUCAAAAAAUUCACGUAAUGCAUUGUCAGGUUCAAGACAACGAAAUGUUAAAAAAAUUUUGGGAAUUAGAAGCUGAAGUUAGUAUUCCUAGGCUAAAGUUACUAACAGAAGAGGAAAAGCAAUGUGAAAAAUUGUUUGCUGAAACAGUGCAAAGAGACGAAGAUGGCAGAUAUAUUGUCCGUCUUCCUUUCAACACGUCAACUCCUGAAGUAGGCGAUUCGUUGAGAAUAUCUGAAAAACGAUUGCAAUCAUUAGAAAGAAAAUUCAAUUAUAAUAAAGAACUGAAACUUAGAUACAUAGAUGUCAUAAAUGAUUACCUUUAUCUAAAUCAUAUGGAGUUAGUGAAGUCACCAGAUAUCAGCACAAAGGCCAUUUAUAUUCCCCAUCAUGCGGUUGUUAGGGAGGACAAAGAAACCACAAAGGUAAGAGUGGUUAAUGAUGCAUCAUGUAAAGGUUCAAAUAAUAAGUCAUUGAAUGACAACUUGAUGGUGGGCCCCACCUUACAAUCAGAUUUAAGACAUAUGAUAAUGAGGUGGCGAGCUUUUCCGAUAUGUCUAUCAGCUGACAUUAUCAAAAUGUAUCGCCAGGUUAAGGUUCACCCAGAGGAUGUCGAUUAUCAACGAAUACUUUGGAGGGAAGAUAGUACAGAACAAAUAAAACAUUACAGAAUGUUAAGAGUAAUUUUCGGUACUGCAUGUGCUCCUUACCUGGCAGUGAAGGUUUUGCAGCAAGUAGCUCUUGAUGAUGGGGCUGAAUAUCCAUUGGCAGCUACUCGAGUCCUGCAAGAUUUCUACAUCGACGAUUUAUUAACGGGCUGUCACAAUGUAGAAGAAGGUGUAACUGUCUAUAAAGAACUAAGGGAAUUGUUAAGCAAAGGGGGAUUUCAGUUACAGAAGUGGUCAAGCAACAAUGAUGAACUACUAGAAAAAAUAGCAGAAGGAGAUAGGAUUAAAGGAGAGGAUGCAGAAAAGGGAUUAAAGCUAAAAACUGAUCCAGUAUUGAAAAUACUAGGUCUUACCUGGAAUCGGAAUAUUGACUCAUUUCAGUACACGGUAACGCUUCCGACGUUAAGAGAACCUGUAACAAAGAGGAAAAUUAUAGCUGAUAUUGCGAGAUUAUUUGACCCUCUCGGAUGGAUCGCACCAACAAUUAUUCAAGCAAAGAUUAUUAUACAAAGGUUGUGGUUAUCAGGAGUUGAUUGGGAUGAAGAGGUUCCAAACAAUAUUUUAAAUGAGUGGAUAACUUACCGGAAAGAGCUAAAACUCUUAGAAAAAGUAACUAUUUCGCGUUGGUUGGGAUCUAAAGAAGAUGCCACGAGAAUAGAGCUGCAUGGUUUCUGCGAUGCUUCCAAGGUAGCCUAUGCAGCAGUGGUAUAUAUGAGAGUCAUUAAUUCUGAUAACAAUAUAAAGGUCAGUCUGUUGACAGCUAAAACUAAGGUUGCACCAAUAAAACAAGUGUCAAUUCCAAGGUUAGAGUUAUGUGGAGGCGUACUUUUAUCAAAAUUAUUGGUAGAAGUGGGUGACGUGAUGAGAAUCACAAAGGAAAACUGGUAUGCGUGGACAGAUUCCUCAGUUGUCCUAGCUUGGAUCAACAGUCACCCAAACAAGUGGAAGACCUUUGUGGCAAAUAGAGUGUCAACAAUUCUUGAAUGUCUCGAACCUUACCAAUGGUCUCACAUACAGUCUAAGCAAAAUCCAGCAGAUUGUGCUUCUCGAGGCCUUCGGCCGCCUGAAUUACUACAAUCGUUCUUAUGGCAAAAUGGUCCUGAAUUAUUAAAGGAAAAAAUAAUAACACAAAAUAAAUUGAAACAUUUUGAAACAAAUUUAGAAGAAAUCAAAGUUUUAAUGGUUACAAUCGAAGAUGAAUUUUGGAGUCGAUAUUCUUCACUCAAUAAGUUGCUUCGGGUGAUUGCUUAUUGUAGGCGAUUUUUGGACCUGCUGAAACCGAAGGAAGAAAGGCACAUUAAUAGAAUUUUAACAAAAGAUGAAAUUAAUCAAGCUAGAGAAACUUGUAUAAAGGAAAGUCAAAGGGCAAGCUUUACAGAAGAAAUCAAAGCAUUGAAAAGAAAAGAAAGAAUAAAAAGGAGUAGUAAAAUACUUACCUUAAAUCCAUUCUUGGACGCCAAGGGCAUUUUAAGAGUAGGUGGGAGGCUUAACAACUCCAACUUCACUGAAGACAAGAAACAUCCAAUACUGAUUCCAAAACUUGGGUUUUUGGCAAGAUUAUUAAUAGACGAGGCUCAUAAAAACACUUUACAUGGUGGAGCACAAUUAAUGUUAAGUUACUUACAUUCUAAAUUUUGGGUAAUAGGUGUCAAACCCUUGAUUAAGGCACAUAUUCGCAAAUGUACAAUUUGCGUAAAAAGCGCUGCAUCCGCACAAAAUCCACUGAUGGGACAGCUUCCUUCUUUUAGAGUCACACCAGAAAGACCAUUUAAGAAAUCCGGAGUUGAUUACGCGGGACCUAUCAACAUCCGAACCACCAAAGGUCGAGGUUUCCAAUCCUAUAAAGGAUACAUUUGUUUAUUCGUCUGCAUGGCGACCAAAGCUGUUCACAUCGAGGCCGUAAGUGAUUUAACCUCAAAAGGAUUUCUGGCCGCUUUUCGUCGUUUCAUUGCUAGGCGAGGUCAUUGUACAGAUUUGUGGAGCGACAAUGGUACAAAUUUUGUGGGAGCUUCACGUGAACUGCAAUCUUUGUUUAAAUCGGAACAAUCAUAUUUAAGAAAGGAGGUAACAGAGAGUUUAGCCUCUACCGGUACCACUUGGCAUUUUAUCCCUCCUCGUGCUCCACACUUUGGGGGCUUGUGGGAGGCUGCAAUUAAGUCAAUGAAAUUUCAUUUAAAAAGAAUAAUUGGGGAUCAUACGUUAACAUAUGAGGAGUUAGCUACGGUGCUUACACAAGUAGAGGCAUGCCUGAAUUCUAGGCCACUGUCGAGGAUAGGGAAUUUAUCUGAUGAUUUUCUGACCCCUGGGCACUUUCUAGUAGGAGAACCGUUGGUCACUGUUCCUGAUUACAAUUAUGAGACUUCGAGCAUUUCUUCAUUAAGGAGGUGGCAGUUAACACAACGUAUGUUACAAGGUUUUUGGCGUCGAUGGUCGAAUGAUUACAUUAAUCAAUUACAACAGCGAUACCGAUGGAAGGACCAAACGCCAGAGCCCAAAGAAGGCGAUGUGGUACUCGUUAAAGAAGAUGACUUACCGCCUUGUAAAUGGCUUCUCGGUAUCAUUGUAGUGAAACAUCCAGGCAAGGAUAAUAUCACUAGAGUCGUCACCUUACGUACGAAAAAUUCUUUGCUCAAGCGACCAAUUGCUAAGUUAUGUGUUCUCCCCACUACUAAAUAA